UGUGUUCUCGACGAACUGACAGAGAGACAAAGAGAGAGAGAGAGAGAGAGAGAGCGGACCAGAAUAAUCCAUCUGGGGGGCAAUGCCAUCCGAUCGGACCCCCUUACUGGCCGCCUCACGGCGGUCGGUCGACUCUGCCAGGUCCGACGAACGAGCCGAAGCAGAAGAUAAUGCGAUCCGCGGCGCCUCUCCCAACCGCGAAGGAUGGUCCUCCCGCUUGCGCGAGAUCAUCCUCUUCAUCUGGGCGCUGCUGGCAACCGCCGUCAUCAUCGUCCUCGCCGCCAUGCUGCAGCAUAACCAGACGACGGGCCCCUUGGACAAGCCAGUGGGCAAGCGAAACCUCAUCUUCAUGGUGUCGGACGGCAUGGGGCCCGCCACGCUGUCCCUGACGAGAUCCUAUCGGCAGCUGGUGGACGGCCUGGAACACGAUGACACAUUGACGCUGGACAAGCACUUCUGGGGCACGAGCCGCACGCGGUCGAGCAAUAGACUGGUCACAGAUUCUGCGGCCGGCGCCACAGCCUUUUCGUGUGGAGAAAAGACCUACAACGGUGCCAUCUCCGUGCUGCCAGACUUCUCGCCCUGCGGUUCGGUGAUGGAGGCUGCCAAGGAGGCCGGGUACAAGACUGGACUGGUCGUUACGACCGAUAUCACGGACGCGACCCCGGCGUGCUUCGCGAGCCACGUCAACCUGAGGGAACAAGAAAACGAAAUCGCGCUCCAGGAGAUUGGCGAGGGCCCCCUUGGCCGUGUAGUGGACAUUAUGCUCGGUGGUGGACGCUGCCAUUUUCUUCCCAACACGACUGAGGGAAGCUGUCGCGCGGAUGACGUCAACGUGGCCCAUAUUGCACAAGAGAAGCAUGGGUGGACAUAUCUGGAUAGCCGUGCUGGGUUUGAUGACCUGCAUGCCGGCGAGAAUGUAUCCUUGCCCUUGAUGGGUCUAUUUGCUGGCAAUGACGUGCCCUUUGAGAUCGACCGCCGCAACAUGGCUGACGUGUAUCCGAGCCUGAGCGAGAUGGCAACAACGGCACUACGCGCUCUGGAGCUGGCGACCAAGGACAGCGAUUAUGGCUUCUUUCUCAUGAUCGAGGGAAGCCGUAUUGAUCAUGCAGGACAUUUUAACGACCCCGCUGCGCAGGUCCGCGAGGUCUUGGAGUAUGACAAGACGUUCAAGGCCGUCGUUGACUUUAUCGAAGAGAGCAAGACGGAGAGUCUUCUUGUGGCCACCAGUGAUCACGAGACUGGCGGUCUUUCUACAGCAUGGCAAUCGCAAAGUGCCGAACUGCCAGUUUACAACUGGUAUCCAUCAGUGCUGGCCAAGACCAACGCAUCUAACGCAUACCUCACGCACAAGUUACAUGAGUACCUCCGGUCAAUCAAGUCCGACCCCGCCGCGCAAGGCGAGCUCGAAGACUGGAUUAACACCAACCUCGUGAUCCCUGGCCUGGGGAUCACCAACGCGCGAGACUUUGAGCUCAAGAAGCUGGCAUCUGACCCGGCGCACGCCAUUAACACCUUCUCCAAGAUGAUCAGCCAGCGCGCCAGAAUCGGCUGGAGCACGCGCGGCCACUCGGCUAUUGAUGUGAACAUCUACUCCUCAGGAGGGCCUUAUGCUGAAGACCUCCAUGGAAAUGUUGAGAAUACGGAGAUUGGCAAGUUCCUGAGGAAGUAUCUGAGUGUGUCCACCGAUACGAUUACGCAGGAGCUGAAAGAGAAGAUGGAUUGGGGCCCGUCGCUUGCUGGCGUCUCGCCUGACGACGCGAUGGCGCAGAUGGGCAUUGAGAUGGAAGAGGGUCCUGUGUAUUGGUUGGACUGAAUAAUAGG